AUGACUGAUUUUAUCGAGACUCUAACUAAAGAGCCAACUGAUAUUUUAUCAAAAAGCUCCAAAGGGCCAUUGAGUUUGGCUAAAAAUUAUAUGGAUUCAGUUAUAACGUUACAUAAGAAAGAAUAUCCAAAUAGUAGAAAUGAUAUUGAUACUAUUACCACUAAGGGUUUAGACGCUAAUCAAGUAUGGUGGCAGGUAAAAAUGGUCUUAGAUAAUGUUGAGGGUAAUUUAAUGGACCGUAUUCAAGAAUUACGAGAAUUAACCACUUCCAAUUAUAUAUCUGAUUCAGAACGUGACAUAGACUUGGAUGAUGAGCAACAAAAUUCUAGUAGUGAGCAGAUGGUUGAGAGUGAAAAUGAGUCUGAAUUAGACAUUAAUAAAGAGACCGAAGAUAAGUCUGAUGGUGUUGAAAUAGGUAACAAUGGCGAAGGAGAAAAUAUAUCUAGAGCAGAAUCAGAAUCUCAUUCCAGUGAAGAGGAGCUAGAUUCAGAUGAAGAGGAACGUGAUUUAGGAGAAGCAGAAGGGGAAGAUGAAGGAGGAGUCAAGGAUAAAUUUGGUCUUAAUGACCAGUUUUUUGAUAUUGAAGAGUUUAAUAGACAGACUAUUGCAGCUGAUGAAAUUGAUGAUAUGCUUGACAAUGAUAAAGAAGAUGAAGAUGAAGUUGAUUAUUUUGCAGACAUACCUUCUGAAGAAGAUGAAGAAGCUAUCUACUAUGAUGAUUUUUUCGAUAAGCCUAAAGAAAAUAAAAAUAAGGCCGUUUCAAAAAAAAGUAGUGAUAAAGAAGGAGAAGAAGAUUUUGGCAAUGAGAGCUAUGGAGAAGAUUAUUAUGAUGCUGCCAUGGAUGCUGCAAAACUAGAUUUAUUCGAAGAUGAAACUGAUGACGAAGAAGAGCUUACUUCGAAUAAACCAGAAAAGAAGCUAUCAACCUAUGAAAAACAACAAUUAGAAAUCCAAAAACAAAUUGAAAUAUUAGAAGAAGAAGCUAUCGCUGAAAAAAAAUGGGCUCUAAAGGGUGAAGUCAAAGCUAAAGAUCGUCCUGAAGAUGCUCUAUUGACAGAAGAUCUUGAAUUCGAUAGAGCAGCAAAGCCAGUGCCAAUUAUAACAAGUGAAGUUACGGAGUCAUUAGAAGAUAUGAUAAGAAGAAGGAUCAAAAAUUAUGAAUUUGACGAUCUGCCAAGGAGAACAAUUCAUGACAUUACAAACAAACCAUUUAAACCAAAAUUCGAAUUAAGCGACACUAAGUCAACUAAGUCACUUGCUGAGUUAUAUGAAAAUGACUAUAAUGGUACUAAAGACGAGGACGAAAUAAGUGAAGAAUUAAGAAUGGCUCAUAAUGAAAUAACUGAUCUGUUUAACGAUUUAUGUUAUAAGCUGGAUGCAUUAUCAUCCGCUCAUUUCAUUCCAAAACCAUUGAAAAAGUCUCUUGAAGUUAGAGUUGAAACUGCAGCUAUUUCAAUGGAAGAUGCUCAACCAUUAACCUUGUCUACCAGCUCUACUUUAGCUCCACAAGAAAUUUAUAAGGUUGGUAAAUCAGAAAAUGGCAAUGAAGUUAGAUUAAAGAACGGUGUCACUAUAUCGAAGGAUGAAAUGACUAGAGAAGAUAAGGGCAGAUUACGUAGAUCAAUGAAAAGAAAGAAGUCUAAAGCAUUUGCAGCUAGAGAAGAUAAGCCUAGUAAGAAAUCUAAAAAAGAGUCUGUCAUCGAUACACUAUCAAAAGCCAAAAAUGUUACAAUUGUUAAUGAUAAAGGUGAAAAGCGUGAUGUUAGAGGUAAUAUCAGAAAAGCUGAAAAUGGGAUAACUAGUAAUAAUGUGAAAUUGUAA